AUGAAGGCUCUUGGUCGUGUGUUCACUGUCCUCCUGGCCGUUGUGCCAUUCUUCGAGUCGACAUGUGUUGCCCAGGAGAUGACUCCGGUGCCAUACACCGACCCGACAACAGGCAUCAUAUUUGAUACCUGGGUGGUGCCCGACCAGCCAGCCAAUGGCCAGACCUCAGGAUCAGCGACCUCUGGUGGACUUACAUGGGGUGUUGCCCUUCCAUCAAAUGCUUUGACAACGGAUGCGACCGAGUUCAUUGGAUAUUUACAAUGUGCUUCCAAAGAUGCGACAUCAGAGGGCUGGUGCGGUAUCUCUCUAGGAGGUGGCAUGACAAACUCGCUUCUCAUCGUGGCCUGGCCGUAUGACGGUCAGAUUUUAACAUCGUUCCGCUACGCGUCGGCAUAUGCCAUGCCAGACCUCUACACAGGAAACGCAACUCUGACCCAGAUCUCCUCCACCAUCAACUCGACGCACUACACUCUGAUCUUCCGGUGCCAGAACUGUCUGUCUUGGUCGCAAGAUGGCGUUAGCAACAAGGUAUCAACGAGCAGCCGCUUCUGGUUGAUGGGUUGGGCGCAGGCCUUUCCAGCUCCCGGCAAUGCCCAGUGCCCGGAUGAUAUCACCCUCCUUCAACAUGAUAAUGGCAUGAAUCUUUUCCCGGCCACGCUCGGCGACGAAAUCGCAAAUCCGUCUUAUACUGCGUGGGCAGCAAAGGCCACCAAGACAGUGACAGGCGAGUGCACCGGCGCAACGCAAACAAGCAUCUCCUCCGUCCCAGUUCCGACAGGCGUGACGUAUGAUUACAUCGUGAUUGGCGGUGGCGCUGGAGGUAUUCCCGUUGCCGACAAGCUGAGUGAGGCUGGAAAGAGCGUGCUGCUCAUUGAGAAGGGCCCCCCGUCUUCUGGCAGAUGGGGCGGUACUAUGAAGCCGGAUUGGUUGGAUGGUACCAACUUGACGCGAUUCGAUGUUCCCGGUCUCUGCAAUGAGAUCUGGGUGGAUGCGAACGGCAUUGCUUGUACGGAUACCGAUCAGAUGGCCGGAUGUGUUCUAGGAGGUGGAACGGCUGUGAAUGCUGGCUUGUGGUGGAAGCCAUACACUCUGGAUUGGGAUUACAACUUUCCUACAGGAUGGCAGUCGAGCGACAUGUCCGCUGCAACGAGCCGGGUGUUCUCCCGCAUCCCAGGGACGGACACGCCAUCUACAGAUGGUAAGCUGUAUCUCCAACAAGGUUUUGAUGUCAUCAGCGGUGGUCUCAAGUCCGCUGGAUGGACUCAAGUCACAGCCAACAACUCGCCAAAUUCCAAGAAUCAUACAUACGCUCACACUCCUUAUAUGUUCUCCCACGGCGAGCGUGGUGGUCCAAUGGCGACGUACUUGGUCACGGCGAGCGCGAGAAAGAACUUCAAGCUGUGGAUGAACACAUCUGUCAAGAGAGUCAUCAGAAACGGUGGCCACAUCACCGGCGUCGAGGUCGAGGCUUUCCAGGAUGGCGGCUACGCCGGCGUUGUCAACGUUACGAGCAUAAGCGGUCGUGUCAUCCUGUCUGCUGGCACAUUCGGAAGCGCGAAGCUCCUGAUGAGGAGUGGCAUUGGGCCGACUGACCAGCUACAGAUUGUCCAGUCCUCCACUGAUGGCCCAACGAUGAUCGGGAAUCAGUCCUGGAUUAACCUGCCUGUGGGGUAUAAUCUGGAAGACCACACCAAUACCGAUACUGUGAUAGAGCAUCCAAAUGUCGUCUUUUACGAUUUCUAUGAGGCGUGGGACAAUCCGAACGCCACAGAUGAGAGCAAUUACCUGAACAAGCGCAUCGGUAUCCUCACACAAGCCGCGCCCAACAUCGGCCCCAUGUUCUGGGACGAGAUCAAGGGCGCCGACGGCAUCACCAGGCAGCUGCAGUGGACUGCCCGCGUGGAGGGCAGUCUGGGAGCAGAGAAUGGCCACACUAUGACGAUGAGCCAGUACCUCGGCCGCGGUGCCGUCUCUCGCGGCCGCAUGACCAUUACUCAGGGGCUGAACACCGUCGUCUCGACUCUCCCCUAUCUUCGGGACAAGAACGAUGUGGCGGCUGUCAUCCAGGGCAUUGUCAACUUGCAGAAUGCGCUCAAGGGCGUGUCGGGCCUCAUCUGGCGGUUCCCGAACUCCACGACCAGUGCGGCUGACUACGUGAAUAACAUGGUCGUCUCAUACUCUAACCGGAGAAGUAACCACUGGAUCGGUACCAACAAGAUGGGUACUGACGACGGGCGUAACGGAGGGUCAGCAGUUGUAGACACCAACACGAAGGUCUACGGAACGGAUAACCUGUUUGUUGUCGAUGCGAGCAUCUUCCCCGGCCAUGUCACCACCAAUCCCUCAGCGUACAUUGUCAUCGCGGCGGAGAAGGCGUCGGAGAAGAUCCUCGCACUCACGCCGUCGACGGCGCUGGCACAGUACGCGCAGUGCGGCGGCAUCACGUACAACGGGAGCUUCCAGUGCAAGGCGCCGUACACGUGCCAGUACCAGAACGCUUAUUACUCUCAGUGUCUAUAA